UUUGAGUCAUUGGAGGCUCAUUAGCAUAAAUACCAAAAUAUCAAUCGUUGAAAUUUGAAGUGUACGGCGAGCCUCUGAAGGCAUCAUAAACCAAGCUAGCAGGUAGCCUGCGCAGUAGCGAUGCUCGGACAGGAGAGCUGGUCAGCCUGUUUAGCUGGCGUCACGCUGUCAUAUUAAUAUGCUUUAACGAGGCUAAGAGGAUCCGUUCUUCAGUUUAAUAUCGCACUGUGAAGCUAGGGAACCUGAAAGUAUUUCCCAUGGGAGACUAUGAGAGCAGUGCUCCUGGGCGGAUAACUGUGUAUUCCAUCCAGGGUUGCCCACACUGCACGCAGGCUAAGGCCACCCUUGGGCGCUUGGGAAUGCCUGUAUCUGACGUAGACCUCGGUAGUCAUUCGGAGCUGAGAGCAAAGGUGAAGGAGCUGACAGGACGCAGCACAGUCCCUCAGAUCUUCUUUAACAAUGUUCAUGUUGGGGGUAACGACGACCUGCAGAAACUGUCACCUGAAGAGCUUCAGAGGCUGGUAAGUCUGGUGAAGGAAGAGCCCCUUCCAGCAGAUGCACCACCUCUGCCAGAACAGAGUCAGUCAGAGCAUACAGCUUUGGUGAACGAAGGAGAAUUUAUGUGUGAGAGAGAUGAUUUGGCAGACCUGGUGGAAGACCUCAAACAUGCCAGCAUGAUUGGCAGUCAUAGGAGGGGGCUGACUUUAUACAAAAAGAGCUUCUCAGGAAGUCAGCUGGUUGACUGGCUGCAAACAGAGAAGGGCAUGGCCAUGGCUGCAGCCUGUAAUACUGGACAGGCAUUGUUGAAGAAGAAGUACAUGAUCAGAGUUCAUGGCUGUGAGCAGCAGGAUGGCAAUUUUGACGAAGGAAAAGACACCAUGGAUGCACUGUACAGGCUACUGGAGGAUGACCCUCAUUCAGCUCUCAACGCAGGACAGACUGCAACCUGCAGUCCCAUGCAGGCCGCUGAGCUCUCUUUGCUUUUACGGGAGAUGAUUCUGAAAUUGUUCUCGGAGCAUCUCUCUGCCGAUGGCAAGUCUGUGGACUAUAAAGGCAUGUCAGUGAAUCCUGCUUUUGAGCAUUACUGUGAGCUAGCCAUUCAGCUGCAGAGGGUGGAGUUGCUGUCGCUUAGCCGGGAGGAGAAGCUGGCCUUCUUCAUCAAUAUCUACAAUGCCUUAGUCAUCCAUGGGUACCUACGCCUGGGGGCUCCCACCAACAUGUGGCAAAGAUACAGAUUCUUCAAUUAUGUGAGCUACCUGAUUGGAGGAGAGGUAUUCACGCUGCAGGACAUUGAGAAUGGCAUUCUUAGAGGGAACAGAAAAGGUGUGGCACAGCUUCGAAGACCCUUCUCCAAAACGGACCCACGACUUCAAGUGGCACUUCCAGAUGCUGAGCCACUGAUUCACUUUGCCUUGAACUGUGGUGCAAAGGGCUGUCCACCUAUUAAAACAUACACACCACAAGACAUCGACAGCCAGCUCCGCACAGCAGCCGAGGCCUUCCUGGAGAAUGAUGACGCCUGUGUGAUAGAUUCAGUGAAAAAAGAAGUGCGCCUAAGUCAGAUAUUUAAGUGGUACAAAGUUGACUUUGGAGGCACGGAUGAGAAGCUGCUGGGAUGGGUGCUAGAUCACAUGGGUGACUCACCAAAGAAGACCAGCCUGCAGGGCAUCCUUUCUGCUGGAAAGACCAAAGUCAGUUUUCUCCCUUACGACUGGAGCUCCAACAGCACCCACUGAGCUCACACACAAAUGCAUUCACACCUACCUGUAUGUACAUCUACAUGUUUUAUGUCCAUUGUCUUUUGAUUGAAUCCAUACAAAAUGGAAAAACACUGAUUCUUAACCAUGCGUAUGUUUUAUACAGAACAUAAUGUAUGUCCCUGUGAUAUGAGGAGCACAUUUGCACUGUAUUUUAUUGCUGUCAGUUCCAGUUUUCUGCUCCCAUUGUAAGCUCCUACACCCCAUCUUUUGAUGCUGUGUAAAUACUAGAGAAUUUGGUAAGAUCAUCUCAGUAUUUUCUACACAUGAAUGGUGUACUCCAGCUGCUUGAUAGCAUCAAAUGCACACCAAACAUAUUUUAUUAUCUGUAACCAUAGUUGUGGCUCUCCUUUCCAUAUCAGCCACUCAGGAGUCAUAGAUGAUCCCAUUCCUCUCUGUCCAGUUCAACACUGGUUGAACUAUUCAUGUGGUGCGUAUAAUUAUAGCAGAUGGAAACGAUAACUUGGCUUAUCCAAACAUACUGCUUUUAUAAGCCAUAAGAAAACCUUUUGAACUUUAAAGAAAAACACUCAUUCAUGUGCAGCAGACUGCACCUUUUCUCUCUGGUCCUUCAUUUAAGCAUUUCCAACCUACAUAUGUAAAUGGUUUGAUUUUCCAUUCUACAGGGAAAGGAAGAAUUAGCUGCUGCACCUUUUAUCUUUUAAAUGAAAUCGAAUAUAGGUGUUGAUAUUAUAUAGUCACAACUCAGCUUGUGGCUGUAGAAUCUGAAAUGCAAGGUGAAGAUUUUGUAAAUAAUGAUCCUUUUUGAGUUUGUUUGCGAUUAAGAACCCCUGAGCUUUUUUAAAGGGGACAAAUGAAAUCUGGUUGUGCUGCUUUUGUUGUCCUAGUUGGUCAGCAUAGGAUGCACUCAGUGAGUAGUUGAUUUACGUCAGCAAAGGAGCACCUUCUGUGUGCACUGUGUAGAACGCACAGACAUAUCCAGUGCUCGCUGCUUAGACUUUAUUUAAAAUGUAUGGAUCAGUUUGUCUUCCUAUCCACCAUAGGUAAACUUAUUAUUCCUCUAUGCAUGUUAGCCUAUGUGGCUUUUCAACCCUCUUUUUAAUCCAGGUAUUCCACUGUAAAUUGCAGAAGUGCUAUUACUGUGUUUUGGGUUUUUUAGCACAGUUAUUUGUUUUAAAAAGAAAAUUAUGAAACAUUUAUCAAAACCAAACCCGUUCGGGAUGCACUCUGACACUUUGCAUGUUUUUUGCCAACUUAUGCUACUGAGACAUAUUUGUACUUUUUGACAAGGUCACUGUUCUGUUUGUCUGUAUGUGAAUAAUGUGCUGUUGAUCCAGCUUUUUAUUUCAGCAUGUCUACAGAAACUGGACAAAAAAGUCUUUAGAAGUGUACAUUACCAAACAGUUGGUCAUUAAUUCAAUAGGAUGUUAGUGUAUUUAGUUUCCCCUUGAACAAGUUUACAAAAACCAUUCUUAUUUAGGAGUUGAGCUUUUCUUUAAACUUGGCCUUUGAUGGGGGUUUUUAAAAUAAAUUUUUAGUAUGAUGCUUCAUUGUACAUUGCAUAGCAGUGCAAUAACGUUCCAUUAAGUUUCUAUAAUGUGUCACAUCAUCAUAAUUAAGAUUUUCUUAUCUCAGGUCAAAGCAAAAUCUGACACCAGGUUGUUUGAUGUCAUCAGUGCAUUGUAUGCUGCAUGUUGUUUUCUAGUCUUAGUAUUUCUGUAUAGUUUGUAUUUGUUUGCAAAAUCAUUGUCAGCAUUUGAUUCCUGCACACUGCUGUGUUUUUUUGUUAAGGCUACAAGCAGCACCAAAGCAAAUGGUUAAAUUAGCAUGUCUCAGAGCUGGAACACAUUUGCUGCAUGAGUUAGAGAAAUACCCUUCAGUCUUGAAUAGUAACUAUAACAGGAUUGCCUCUGCUGGCUAGCGUCCCCCCCAGCCUGUAUGCUUGGCUAUAAGAACUACUUGGACCUAAAGUGUCAGAUAUCAAAGUACACAAAGUGAAAAGCCACAUUUGAUAAAAGUCAGUCAUACACUGAUUACUGCGUAAAGACUUGAGGACACCAGUCUAUUUAACAGACUGUAGGUUUUCUUUGAAUGCAGCCUUCAGCAACAAAGUGCAUCUUUGGCUUUACUAUAUUAGUGUUAAGAGUGGGAGACACUUUGUGGACUAAAUUAAGCAACACAAGAUUUUUAUUUAUGUUUAUGGAUGUUCCCUGUUUUUUUCCAAAAAAUAAUAAUAAAAAAAAUACCUCAUGUAUCAGGAAGAUGUGAUGCAAAAACCUUUUUAAACAAACAAUUCUGAUAUCAGUUUUCCUCUUUCCUAGGGUUGACAAAAAAAUACAUCUCUAAAUAAAUAAAUAUGCAAUGUUGACCUAUAUGCAUAUCCUGAGUUUGUGUUCUCCUUUACUAUACUACCCCACGGCAAGUAACCAAAGCUUUAAAGCAGAUCACACUGGAGGGCAGAGGUUUAGUUUGUUUAUUCAAACAAAUUUCAUCACUUUUUUCUUUAAGAAAAAUAGAUGGGGAAUCAAUACCUUUACAAAUCCAAUCUAUUGACAUUUGUACAUAUAAAUAAGCAGGUUUAAGUGCACCGUCUUAUAUAAACAUUACAUCAAAAAGGUAUUAAACAGAUCAACCACCUGAAAGGUUCGUACAUGAUAAAUGUGAAAUACUCUACAUAAAGAAAUGCACAAUCAUUGUUUAAACCAACUUAAAAGAAUAAAAACUUUAAAGCAAGCUGGUACUGUAUUAGUUACAUUGUGUUUAUCAUCCUACAGUGUGAACACUGAUUCAGUCUUGGCACUAACAGAAUUGUGAGUAAUGCAUACGCUGUACAGAAAGUUUGACAGAAUGAAGGCAGAUUUACAUUGUUUCAAACGUUUUGGCCACAGCCCUAAUGAGUACAUAAUUGUUGUAUUGCAACAAGAGAAAUUUAAUAAAGGCAACCCCAGUCCUGCCUAACUGCUACCCACAUGCUUUUCUUAGUUUAAAAUGUGCAUUUGUGACGGGGGUUUGAAGGACUUAUUUAGAAAAUAGAUUUUACAGUGUACAAAAGUUACGAUGAUGCAGCCAUCUGAUAUCCACCUUUACAGUCAUGUCUAGUAAGUUCUCAAGUGCUCUACGAUACAAACUAAGUGGCCCAUGCCUCAUUUGGAAGACCACAGAACAUACAUGUUGUUUACACACUGCAAUUCACACUUCCAAUGAUGACCUGUGUGUAGAAUUAAUUCUCUUAUCCAGUCUCUAAAGACUCGUGAACACCACAGCAGAGGGAAUGGGUCCAUUAUUCAGAUUCCCGUUACCUAACAAUUAGUGUAUUUCCCAAAUUUACAUGGACUUGACAAAGUCAGCAGGUCAAAUAGUAAAAAAAAAAAAAAAA